AUGUCCGCUCGAGAUGCAAUGGCAGCGAUGCUCGACGAGCUAAUGGGCCCUAAACGAAACGUCGAGCUGGGUAAAGAUACCAAAGUAUCGUUUGAUGAUCCUAACAUAUGCACAUAUUACUUAGUCGGUUUCUGCCCACACGACAUGUUCACCAAUACGAAAGCCGAUUUGGGCGCUUGUCAAUUAGUUCAUGACGACAACCUUCGAAGGAUGUAUCCAGAAUCUCCAGAGUAUGGACAACUAGGUUUUGAGCGUCGUCUUCUCCGCUUUCUAGUUCACUUGGAUGAAGAUAAUCUGAGAAGAAUCCGAAAGAAUAAAGACAAACUGUCGGGAAUGGAUGACGGAGGGAAAAGAAAAUUAGAAGAGGAGAAGCGGCAAAUUCUACGCGAUAUAAGUACAAUGGAUGAAGAGUUGAAAACUCUAAUGGCUGGUGCAGAGCAGGCAGGCAUCGAGGGAGACAUUUCAAAGUGUCAGGAAUUGGUUGCUAAAAGUGAGCUAAUUGAAGCAGAAAAGCACUCGCUAGAAGAACGACUAGAGAAACUCAACGAACCACCACCACAAACUGCACCAGGUAUUGAGGAGAUGUCCAUGAAACCAAUGGAGGUGUGCGAAGUUUGUGGAAGUAUGCUGAUUAUCAACGACGCUCAACAACGUAUCGAGGAACAUUUGACAGGAAAAAUGCACACAGGUUUUCAGAAAAUCCGUACAAUGAUUCAGCAUUUGAAGGAUAAAAUAAAAGAGUUCGGAGAUGCCGAAGAGCAACGACGAGAGGAGCGAAGAAAAACUCGUGCAGAGGAGUCAACUGAUAAGAACAGCAAAGAUGGCCGUCAUCGUAGUCGUUCACCACAUCGUUCCAGUCGAGAUGAACGUUCGCGAGACUCCCGUCGAGACAGAGACCGUGAUUAUCGACGAGGAAAUGACCGUGAUCAUCGCAGAGACCACCGACAUAGAGAUCGUCGCUACUAG